AUGCCUCAGUAUUUUGCCAUUAUUGGUAAGAAGGACAAUCCUGUCUAUGAAAUCGAGUUUACCAAUGCAGAAAAUCCACAGGGUUUUCCUCAGGAUUUAAAAGAAUUAAAUCCGUUCAUACUGCAUGCAUCACUAGAUAUCGUAGAAGAUUUACAAUGGCAAAUUAAUCCGACUUCACAGUUAAAUGGGAACGGUGGAAACGGAUCCAAUGGCGGUGGUGGGUUCCUUCGAUCUAGAGCUGUAAACAAUACUGAUAAUUGUUAUCUAGGUAAAGUUGAUCAUUUUUAUGGACUAGCAAUAACGGCUUAUAUUAGCUAUAGUGGGAUGAAGUUCGUGAUGAUCCAUGGGAACUCAGCCAACAGUAGCGUAGUUAUUGACGACAAUAAUAUGAGGUCAUUCUACCAAGAGGUACACGAACUAUACGUAAAGACACUAAUGAACCCGUUUUAUAAGAUUACAGACCCUAUUAGGAGCCCGGCAUUCGACUCGAGGGUAAGGACAUUAGCACGUAAGCAUUUGUCCAAAUAA